AUGUUUCUUUUACAUCGGGAUGUGAACGUUGUGUGCUGUUGGGUAUGUGCAUGCGUUUAUUCUGCCCGCCUGCAUGCCACACAGCUGUGUUUUACUGAAGCCCUGACGCAUGCUUUCACUCUUUGCAGUUUCUGCGAGAAUAUUCUAUGUGAGGGAGAAGAAGAUGAGGAAGAGGAAGACGGGAAUGAAAGAGGUGCCACUGUCGAGCAGUCUGGAUCUACAAAGCCGCCCCAUGGUCUACCCAGCCCGCUGACUGGUUCAGACUGUUCCCCCAGUAGCGGCUCGACUUCGUCUGUCCUUAACGGGCUCGCACCUCAAGGCACGACCGGGCUGUCCAGAUUGGCCGCAGUUGCAACCGCUGCAAGCCUAGGCAUUGACAUCUCCGAGCUCACCAGCGCACAGCGAUCGGUCAGGUCGGUUUCCUCCUCUUCCCCCGCCACCAGCCCCUCCGCUGGUAGUUAUUUGGGCGAGUACGUUCGUCGCUAUCGCUACCCCGACGGUGAUACCCGCUACGACUGGCUCUCUUGUCCUCUCACGGAGAUGCAGCACAGACCCCGUGCUCAUAUCUCCACCUCUCUCCUUCCCUCCAAGGACGCUUCUGGCGGCCCUCUUCUCGUCUAUGACAGCACCCUCCCGCCUGCCUCUACGCUCACCCAGCCUCCUCCUGCUCCUCGUCGACGACCAUUCCUUUUAACCGGGCUGGCCAGCAGUUCGGGUGGCUUGUCGAGGAAGAUGUUAAGGUGUGAAGAAUGUGGCAAGUACUAUCGCAAUGAGUAUAGUCUGCACCACCACAUCUGCUUAAAGAGAAAAGAUGUCUGGAAGAAGGGCGAUGUGCCCUCAGGCCUGAUUGACGGGCAGGUGAUCUACUUCUGUCCGGCCUGCAAUAAGCCCUUCAAAUGGCUCGGCAACCUGACCCGACACUACUAUGUGCACACCGGACAACGCUUCUUCAAGUGUGACAUUUGCCAGAAGGAAUUCUUCUCCGCCUAUCAGGUGAAACGUCACAUGAACUCGCACACGGGUCUGCGUUUCAAUUGUGAGGUCUGUGAUAAACCCUUCACCUGUAAGUACGCCUGUGCCUGGCACAUGCGACAACAUUCCACGUCAACCUCCUCCUUUAUUGAGUGA